AUGGCGUCAUUUCACCUGAUGAAACAAAGUGACACAUGCUCCUCUUUACCACAACUCAGCCUGGAUGGAGACUACAUUUUGGGAGGACUAUUCCAGCUGCAUGAGAAGUAUGGAGUGACUGGUACAGCGACUGACACUGAAAACAGAAAACCUGAGGUGCUUCAAUGUCACAGGUUUAAAUUUUCCUCAGCAAGCUACCAGCAGAUUCAAGUCAUGAGGUUUGCUAUUGAAGAGAUAAACAACUCCACAUUGCUGUUGCCUGGCAUCAGCCUGGGCUAUGAGAUUUUUGACUACUGCUCAGACUUGCUCAGUUAUGGGGCUGCUCUGGACUUUCUGACCCAAAAGAGAAGAGGAGCCAUCCCCGUGUGGAACGGUACAAACUACAGACCUAAAGUCAUCUCAGUCACUGGCCCGUUUGGAAGCAGCCAAACCAUCAGUGUCGCCCCUCUGUACAUGUCUGAGAUGAUUCCAAUGGUGACUCAUGGGGCAUCAAGUGUCAAACUGAGCUCCAAAAACAGAUUUCCCUCCUUUUUCCGAACCAUUCCCAGUGACAAAUAUCAGGUGGAGUCUAUAGUCCGUAUACUCCAACAGUUUAACUGGAACUGGGUGGCUUUCAUCGGUGGUGACAAUGACUACAGCAGAGACGCCUUGGCAGUUUUUCAGGAUGAGAUUAGACCAGCUAACAUCUGUUUGGCAUACCAAGACACCAUUCCCCAAAACCAAUCCUUAAUAGGGCGUCUAUUCAACAACAUAGCCAUGUUCAAUGUCCAGGUUAUUGUAGUCUUUGCCAAUGUGGAGUUUGUCAUUCCUUUCAUCCAAAAGGCCAUAGAUCUCAGAGUGAAGGAGAAGAUAUGGAUCGCUAGUGAGACAUGGUCCAUGAACCAAGAGUUGAUCAAGAAGAGUCAGAUUGAGAGGAUAGGGACGGUCUUAGGUGUCACUGUACAGAGGCACAAGGACCUGAGAGGAUUUGAUGAGUUCAUUAACAACACAGUAAAAUCCAGACAUGAGAAUGCAUGCACUGACAUGGACUUGAAGGAAAGAUGUGGUCAGAUUUGCUCUGACUGCAACUCCACCAGUGCCCAGACAAUUAUUGGAGAGGACCCGACAUACAGCUUUGUCAUCUACUCUGCAGUGUAUGCUGUGGCUCAUGCACUCCACAAUGCUUUGCGGUGUGGGACACGGAACUGUGCCAACUCAGAAAUCAUUGCUUAUCCUUACAUGGUCACGGAGGCACUAAAACAGGUCAAAUUCAAAUUGGACAAUCAAAGUAUAGAGUUUGAUGAGAACGGGGACCCACCGGCUCAUUACGACAUUGCUCCCGUUCUGCAGUGUUCUAGUGAGUGUAAAUCUGGCUCCAGAAGAGUUCAAACUGGCUUCCACACCUGCUGUUUUGACUGUGAGAUCUGCUCUGAUGGAAAGUACAUCAACCACACAGCCGAUCCCUACAGCUGCAUAGCAUGCCAAAAGGAUGAGUGGGCCAGGAUUGGCAGUACCUCAUGCACUAAGCGCUCUAUAGAGUAUCUGCAUUCUGAUGCUCCGUUGGCCAUUUUUCUGAUGUUCCAGGCCAGCUCCAUCAUCCUCAUCUCAAUGGCCAUCUUGGUUCUGUUCCUAUAUAAGAAUGACACCCCUGUAGUAAAGUCAGCCGGUGGGAGGCUCUGCUUCUUCAUGUUGUGUUGCUUGUCCAUGUCCUCCUCCAGCGUCUUCCUCUACAUUGGCAAACCCACAGAGGCCAUCUGCACCUUACGCAAUUCUGUGUUUAUAGUCUUCUAUGUGGCAUGCCUGUCCUGUCUCGCUGUUCGCUCCUUCCAGAUUGUCUGUAUCUUCAAAAUGGCCGCCAAACUGCCCAAAGCUUAUGAUUUCUGGGUCAAGCAUGGUGGUCAGUGGAUCACUAUUAUCACAACCACUGUCAUAAUGCUGUUUCUGUGCAUUUUGUGGAUAGCCAUUGAAGGACCCAGGCCCAAUCAGAUAACAUUGUAUAGCGAGGUAAUUUUGGAUUGCACAUAUGGAGUCAUCCCCAUCUUUUAUGUGAUAGUACUGUUCGCCGCUUUGCUGGGUAUUGCAUGCUUUAGUUUUGCCUACAUGGGAACUGACCUGCCCAAAAACUACAACGAGGUCUAUAUCAAUAUUUUGUAA